AUGAUGAGAAACCAUACAUCAGUAACUACAUUCAUACUUCUGGGACUGACAGAUGAUCCUCAAAUGAAGGUUCUGAUUUUUAUAUUUCUGUUUGUCACCUACACAUUGAGUGUAACUGGGAACCUGACCAUCAUUAUACUCAGUUUAGUGGAUUCCCACCUUAAAACUACCAUGUACUUUUUCCUCCAAAACUUUUCCUUUUUAGAAAUUUCAUUCACCACUGUCUGUAUUCCCAGAUUCCUAUAUAGCUUAUCAACUGGGGACAAUACUGUUACCUACGAAGCUUGUUUUGCUCAAAUAUUUUUUAUCAUCUUCCUUGGAGCUACAGAAUUUUUUCUUCUGGCUGUCAUGUCCUAUGAUUGCUAUGUAGACAUCUGCAAACCCCUGCAUUAUGUGACCAUCAUGACUAGAAGGGUCUGUGGAAAGCUGGUUUUCUGCUGUUGGAUAACAGGUUUUUUGGUCAUAAUCACACCACUUUGUCCAUGCUUACCCUUGGAAUUCUGUAACUAUAAUGUCAUUGAUCAUUUUCUCUGUGAUGUUCCUUCUCUCCUGAAGAUUUCUUGUUCAGACACAUUGUUUAUAGAACAGAAGGUUGUAGCCAUUGCCAUUUUGACCACCAUCAUGACCCUUCUGUGUGUAGUUUUGUCCUAUAUAUACAUUAUCGAGACUAUUAUCAUAAAGUUCCCUUCUGCCCAGCAAAGGAUGAAAGCCUUUUCCACCUGUUUGUCCCACAUGAUUGUGGUUUCUAUGACCUAUGGUGGUUGUAUCUUCAUCUAUGUCAAACUUUCAGCAAAGGAUGGAGUGGCUAUUAAUAAGUGUGUGGCACUGCUUACUACUUCAUUUGCCCUCAUGUUAAACCCAUUUAUUUAUACCCUGAGGAACAAGCAAGUGAAACAAGCUUUCAUAGACUUAAUCAAAAGAAUUUCAUUCAUCUCAAAUAAAUGAAGGAAUGUUGAAAUUGAGCCUUCAGGGAAAAAAAGCAAUAGAUCUUGUUACGCUCAUAGACUUAGAUUCUUA